AUGGCCACAGCCGCCUCCAACCCCUACAGCCUCCUCGGCUCCGGCUCGCUCGCCCAUGCGGACGGCGCGGGCAUGCAGCAGGGGAGCCCCUUCCGCAACCCGCAGAAGCUGCUGCAGAGCGAGUACCUGCAGGGCGUCCCCGGCAAUGGGCACCCGCUGGGGCACCACUGGGUGACCAGCCUGAGCGACGGCGGGCCCUGGCCCUCGGCGCUGGCCGGUGGCCCGCUGGAGCAGCCCGACGUCAAGCCGGGCCGCGAGGACCUGCAGCUGGGCGCCAUCAUCCACCACCGCUCGCCCCACGUCUCCCACCACUCGCCCCACGCCAACCACCCCAGCGCCUGGGGCGCCAGCCCGGCCCACAGCGCCUCGCUGGCCCCCCCCGCCGCCGCCGCCGGGCAGCCCCUCAACGUCUACUCGCAGGCCGGUUUCGCGGUGGGCGGCAUGCUGGAGCACGGCGGGCUGACCCCGCCGCCCGCCGCCGCCGCCGCCGCAGCCGCCGCCGCCGCCGCGCAGGGCUUGCACCCGGGGCUGCGGGGCGAGGGCGGCGGGGAGCACGGCGAGCUGGGGGGGCACCACUGCCAGGACCACUCGGAUGAGGAGACGCCGACCUCGGACGAGCUGGAGCAGUUCGCCAAGCAGUUCAAGCAGCGGCGCAUCAAGCUGGGCUUCACCCAGGCCGACGUGGGCUUGGCCCUGGGGACCCUCUACGGCAACGUCUUCUCGCAGACCACCAUCUGCCGCUUCGAGGCCCUGCAGCUCAGCUUCAAGAACAUGUGCAAGCUGAAGCCGCUGCUGAACAAGUGGCUGGAGGAGGCCGACUCCUCCACCGGCAGCCCCACCAGCAUCGACAAGAUCGCGGCGCAGGGGAGGAAGAGGAAGAAGCGGACCUCCAUCGAGGUGAGUGUCAAGGGCGUGCUGGAAACGCACUUUCUCAAGUGUCCCAAGCCGGCCGCCCAGGAGAUCUCCUCGCUGGCAGACAGCCUGCAGCUGGAGAAGGAGGUGGUGCGGGUCUGGUUCUGCAACCGGCGGCAGAAGGAGAAGCGCAUGACCCCGCCGGGGGAGCAGCCGCAGCACGAGGUGUACUCCCACGGCGUGAAAACGGACACGGCCUGCCACGACCUCUGACCGGGGGUUGUUGGGGCAGGCAGGACUGCGGGCAGCGCGGAUUUUCCGCCGGGGCUUUAACUUAUGGUUUCCGAGAGGCGGGAGACGUGGAGCGGGGGCUCCCCGCUCGCCGCCUGGGCAAUAUUUUUUCUCUCUCCGACCUUUCCGCUGAUCAGUACGCGGUGUUUACUCGCAGACAAGGUUUGUUUUCGGUCUCCGCUAGGACGAAGGGGAAAAAAA